AUGUACGCAGGAACCGCCCCGAGACUCGCUCCCGCCUGCAUGUACGCGGGAACCGCCCCAAGACUCGCUCCCGCCUGCAUGUACGCGGGAACCGCCCCAAGACUCGCUCCCGCCUGCAUGUACGUAGGAACCGCCCCGAGACUCGCUCCCGCCUGCAUGUACGCGGGAACCGCCCCGAGACUCGCUCCCGCCUGCAUGUACGCGGGAACCGCCCCAAGACUCGCUCCCGCCUGCAUGUACGCGGGAACCACCCCGAGACUCGCUCCCGCCUGCAUGCACGCGGGAACCGCCCCGAGACUCGCUCCCGCCUGCAUGUACGCGGAACCGCCCCGAGACUCGCUCCCGCCUGCAUGUACCGCAGGAACCGCCCCGAGACUCGCUCCCGCCUGCAUGUACGCGGGAACCGCCCCGAGACUCGCUCCCGCCUGCAUGUACGCGGGAACCGCCCUCCCGCCUGCAGCGGGACCGCGCUCCCGCCCCUGCAUGUACGCCCCGAGGAACCGCCCCCGAGACUCGCUCCCGCCUGCAUGUACGCGGGAACCGCCCCGAGACUCGCUCCCGCCUGCAUGUACGCGGGAACCGCCCCGAGACUCGCUCCCGCCUGCAUGUACGCAGGAACCGCCCCGAGACUCGCUCCCGCCUGCAUGUACGCGGGAACCGCCCCGAGACUCGCUCCCGCCUGCAUGUACGCAGGAACCGCCCCGAGACUCGCUCCCGCCUGCAUGUACGCGGGAACCGCCCCGAGACUCGCUCCCGCCUCAUGUACGCGGAACCGCCCCGAGACUCGCUCCCGCUCCUGCAUGUACUCGGGAACCGCCCCAAGACUCGCUCCCGCUCUGCAUGUACGCGGGAACCGCCCCAAGACUCGCUCCCGCCUGCAUGUACGCGGGAACCGCCCCAAGACUCGCUCCCGCCUGCAUGUACAGAGGAACCACCCCAAGACUCGCUCCCGCCUGCAUGUACGCAGGAACCGCCCCGAGACUCGAUCAUCAGCGAGCUCACAGAUAG